AUGUCUCCUGUACAGCCAUGCUUUGUGGCCCACUCCUCCCCGUCCCUUGGGCUUCCCUCCAGCUUCUGCCGUCUAUCUCGCGCGAUGCGCAUCAAAGCAGCGGCAGCACGCACUGGCCUUCGGGUCGCUCAGAACAAAGUCAGCGACGACGACGGUUACUCGAGUCGAAUAGUGGAGGACGCGGAGGAGCAGCAGAUGGUGAUGACGAGGGUCUUGCGCAAGAUCGACGGCUCUCGAGACGUCCGCACCUCAAACCUCUACGACCAGCAGCAGCUCCGCCUCAACAACAUCAGCAUCGCCGACAUCAUGAAUCGCGCGAUCAGCAAGGUUGAGACGAGAGAAGGCUUACCACCCAGGUCCUCCCCCUUGCAGCUUGAGAGGCCUCCUGACCUCCAGCAGCAGAUCAGCGGCAAGCACAUCGAUCAGAGCGUCGAAAUCUUCUUUUCUGCUUUCUGGGAUAUUCUCAACCCUCUCUUACCGUCCUUGUCCUCCCUCAUUGCUCGGCUCGUCUAUGAGAUCGCGUACGUCUGGAACCGUGUGGACCUGAACGUGAAGGCGGUGUCAGUCUCGGUCCUAGACUCCGGGCUAGUGGAUGGUCAGGUCAAGGUCGAGCUUAUGAAGCAUUUCCCCUUCGAGUCCAAUCAGCUCUUGGAAGGCAAGUUUGUCGCCGGACCCAACAAGGGCAUGGAUCUUUUCAUCUCAGUUUCGACCACCGACCAACUUAGAACCAACAACGCAACUGUCUCGAAGCAUCAAGUGUUCAGCGUCCUAUCAGCACAACAACCUUCAAACCUCUCCAUCCCGUACGUGGAUCAUGUGCAGUAUGGCGGACUUCAUUGGUACCUGUUUCGAUAUGCUAGCUCUCUACGACGGUACAAGAGCCUUACUGAGCUCAUUCAAGAAUGUUAUGCAGGGAAUAUGUUGAACUAG